AUGGCGCCACCUAGUGUCGGCAGCAUCUUCCAGAAACCUGCAACCAGGCUCCCCGAGGUGACCUUCAGAGGGGAGCAGGUGGCAGCGCCAAGGCGGGCAAGACUCUCACGCCUGAAGUGUGACAAGCCGCGGAAGGAGCGGGAGAGAACCGGCCCGGGAAGCCUGUCCCAGGCAGUGCCCCGCUGCGGGGGUUCGCUCGUGCUUUUGGCUUUCAUUUGUUUAAGCGAAGCACGAAGCCUGGCCAGUGAAGCAGGCUACGACACACGGACACACUACACACUACACACUACACACUACGAGGCAACGACACCGGGCCGUGGAGGUCGGGGAGCGGGCUUGCGCCGUCCUGACCUUGACUUCGGCCGGGGGUCACUGCCAAGGGGCAGCGGGGAAGGCCGCGCGGGCCGCGCCUCUAAUGCAGAAAUCCUUCCCAUAACCCCAUUUGACUUCUUUUCUUUUGUUCUGAAGGUACGGAGCUUCAGUACAUCCGUGGUCAGGCCCUUUGCCAAACUUGUGAGGCCCCCGGUUCAGAUAUAUGGCAUCGAGGGUCGCUAUGCUACUGCCCUUUACUCUGCUGCAGUUAAACAGAACAAGCUGGACCAGGUGGAGAAGGAGCUGCUGCGUGUGGGCCAACUCCUGAAGGACCCCAAGGUGUCUCUUGCCGUUCUGAAUCCCUAUGUCAAGCGCUCUAUCAAAGUGAAAAGCCUGAGUGACAUCACAGCAAAGGAGAAGCUUUCUCCGCUGACCGCCAACCUCAUGAAUUUACUUGCUGAAAACGGUCGCCUAGACAAUACCCAUGGCAUCAUCUCUGCCUUUUCCACCAUCAUGAGUGUCCACCGUGGAGAAGUGCCCUGCAUGGUGACCACAGCAUCUGCUUUAAAUGAAGCUGUUCUCUCUGAGUUAAAGACGGUGCUGAAGAGCUUCCUGGGCAAAGGCCAAGUAUUGAACCUGAAGGUUAAGACUGACCCGUCAAUCAUGGGUGGGAUGAUUGUCCAAAUUGGGGAGAAAUACGUAGAUAUGUCUACAAAGACCAAGAUUCAGAAGCUCAGCAAGGCCAUGCGGGACUUGCUAUGAAGUCUGUGUCACUUGUGGGAGCUCUGGUCCUUGGAGCAACAAUAAAACGCUUCCUGAACAGAG